UACUUUGUGACGCUUCCUGGCCUGCAGGGGGCUUCGCGGAGCGCCGGGGCUUUGAUGUGCUGCAGCUGUUAGUGGUUCAGCGUUACAGACACCUUUAUCCAUGAAAGCAUUUUAAACGGGAAAGGCACGCUGCUUCUGUUCUCCGUAGUCAAGCAGGUUUUGUUCUUUUUUUGUCCAGUUUCAGUGUAGUUAUUGUUACUCCGACCACAGACUUUAACGCAGUUCGAUAUUGGGUUUAAAGGGGAAUUCUAUUAAACCGACUUGGUGGUGGCUGUCGGUACAGGAUCCUCCAGAGGCUUUUGCUCUACCUGACCUGUUGCCGGUGACCUUUCUUGACCUCACUGUGUAUGAGGUGCGGGAGACGUCGAGAAAAAUGGCCAACCUCUGUGAGAGCUCUCUUCAAGAACAGAAAGCUAAAGUGGCCAAUGAAAGAGCGUGUUUCGGUCAGGAUCCACCAUAUAUGGAACUGAGGGCUUUGAGUGAUGAUGCGUACAAAGCUUCAGUAAAGGAGAAUAUUCCCCCCUCCGUGAGGUCCCCCCCUCCAAGUCUGCAAGCUCAGCAAAAAGGGACGCCUGGCCCUUCGUUUUCAGGGGACGUCUUUGGGGCCAGUUUGCCUUUGGGGGGGGAUUACGAGAGGAAGAAACAGCAGCUGCAGCAGGAGCUGCGGCUGGAUUAUCGGCGCUACAUGGCUCAGGAAACUUCCAGACCGAGGAAGGAGAAAAACAAUCAGAGCACGAUUGAGCCCAGCCAGCACCUCGGCCUUUCGCUACCCAUUGGCGAGAGGAAGUCUGCUAAGGAGAAAUUAAGAAUUGAAAGGAACCAUGAGUACAAUCAGUUCCUUAGGGGUCUUGGAGAAAAAGUCAGGGCUGUGCAGGUCGGUGAUGCUGAUCCUCACUCAGCUUCCAGAAACAUGCAGAUUGUCGGUCUGGGGGCCUCAGAAGUCGACCUGCACCAGCCAUCGAGGAGGGAUGCCGCCACCUUGACGGAAGCUGAGCGGAGGCCCCGGCCAGGGGGGGGCGGGAGCCGGGGGCCAGACGAGGGGACUCCCCGUGCACCCCGAGAGGAGGACGACUCCGGGAUGGACUUCUCGGAGGACGAGUGGGAUCAUCUGGCCAAGAGACGGCCUCGGUUGGGCCGCCAGCACGGCCGAGUGGAGAUGAGGGGGCGGCGGACCCGGGCCCCAGACAGAGAUGGAACAGAAGACCUGGAGGAUUAUGCAGAAACACGAGCCUUUGCUCAGACCAGAAUUCCUCAGGGGAGGAGAAGGCAUCAGCCCCCCGAUGCUCCUGAUGGGGAGAAUACAGAGGACACCCGGAAGAUGGCACCUGUGACACCCAAACAUGCGCUGCGGGUGCCUGUGGAGGCGAAGGGCACGGAGAGGUCCGGGUCAGCCGGCGGCAGGGACCGGAUGCAGUUUGCCACCGGACUGAUGAUCGGGGCUGCUGAGGGACAAAUGACCAUGCAGAAGAAGAAGGAGCGAUACAGACAGGAGCUGCUGGAGCAGAUCGCGGAGCAGCAGAGGAACAGGAAGAGAGAGAAGGAGCUGGAGCUCAAGGUUGCUGCCACAGGAGCUGUCGACCCAGAAAAGCAGCCUGACCGCAUCAAGCAUUUCGGGGCAGUGAGCCAUGAGCAGGACAGCACACGUGAUGUCCCAAGCAGACCAGGACUGGGAAUAAGAAGUAGUAAUACUGCUGUGAGGCCCCCCAAGGAGAAGCCCCCUCUGGACACAAAGGAGAAAGCCCCCCCAGCCAGGCCACUCCUAGCCUUCCAGUCUCCCCUGCUGGACUACAGUGCUGCCCUAGAGGCACUGGCGGGCACUAGAGCCACAGCGGGCCUGAUGGGCAAUGGGCUCAUUCCACUGGCUCAGUCCGAAGACCUCCACAAGAACCUGUCUAGCACUCUGGGAGAAAUUGCUGCCUCUCAAAUCCACAGUGUUCCCCCUCCUGCUCCUCCCACGGUCACUGAGGCGUACAGAACUCCUUUUGACCAGGCCUACUUUUACUAUGGAGUACGGAACCCCCUGGACCUGAGUUCGGCCAUUGGCGGGCCAGCUGGAGGCGGAGCCCGUGCUGGGACCUUCUUUGCACCCGAGCAUCCUCAGGGUCAGCUGGGCCAUGCGGAAUCCGUGCCACAAGCCGCUUGGCAGUCAGGGCCGGUGUCGGGUGACAGUGGCAUCGCUGCCAUGCCAGGGCGGUUGCGCAGGAGGUCGAAGGAAAGUGUGAUCAGCUACCAGGACGCGCUCAGGCAGCAGAUCCAGGAGAGGGAGGAGCGCCGUAGGCAGGAGGAGGCGGAGAGGGAGCGCUACGAGACCCGGCUGCAAGCUGAGAUGAAGGCCUACAACCCCUGGGGGAAGGGAGGGGGCGGAGCACCCCUCAAAGACCAUCAGGGGAACCUCCUCACUGACCUGAAGCAGAUGAACCGGUCCAACAAGGAGGCGUAUGUGACCCCAGGCGCUCAGGACCAGGGGGCAGCUGGUCAGGCGGACGCCAAGGUGUCGGCUCCUCGAGGGCAGGAUGCCGCUCCCUCGGGAAAUGGGAUGUCAGGCUGCUCCCAUGCAUCGCCCUUCGCCAGGGGCAACGUCUUUGUGGACCUACCUACUCCGCAGCAACUUCAGGAACAAGAGAGGUACAAGGACAUCCUGAGACAGCAGAUUGAGGAGAAGAGGCGCAGGGAGGCGGAGGAACAAGAUCGUCUCCGGCUGGAAGAUGAGAAGGAGGAAAGGCGGCUGGCUGAGCAGAGAGCUCGCAUCCAGUGGGAGUAUGAGGAGGAGCAGGAGAAGAGGAAGCGCAAGGAGCAGGAGCAAAUGGCCAAAAAUGAUGAGCUGGUCAGGCAGGCGGAGCAGCGACGCAGAGAGGCCGAGAGGAAGACGCGUGAGGAGGAGGAGCGGCUGAGUGCCACACUGAAGGAGCAGUAUGAGCGGGAGAGGCAGGCGCGGUUGGAGGAGAAGGUUCACAGGGAGCCAUCGCCACCCAUACCAACUCUGCAGAAGAAGCUGGCUGGUCAGCGCACGGUGCCCCCGCCCUCCUCAGACACCCCCCACUCCGCGUCUGUACUUUCUGAGAGCUCUGUCCCUGCCCCGCCCUCGCCACCGGUGCCUGCUCACAGGAACCAGCAGAGGGCAAAAGAGGAAGACUCCGGUGUCGUCAGGGAACUGUCAGCCCUGCGCAGACAACUGCGCAGCAAGCAGAGGGUGUUGGAGGAGCAGCUGCAGCAGCGUGUGCGGACAGAGGAUCUGGAGAGUCCCGGGAGCCUGCGGUUAAGGGAGCGCCCCCCUGUGGACGUGUUUGACAUGGCCCGCAUGCGCCAGCAGGCUCCUGUCAAGAGGCCCAUGAACCUGCAGAACAUCCAUGACUUCAACCAGCUUAAGUACAGAGACGGUGAGAGUCGGGAGGAGGUGCAGCACAGGUACCCAGACCCCCCCACCGACGAGCAGAGCCUGGAGAUACAGCAGCAGGCCUUACUGAGGGGGCAACAGCGCAGGGUGAGGAGGGCAGAUGCUGCAGGUCCCCACGUUCCCCUGACUCAGCGGUCUGCCCCUCCCCCAAUGAUGGGUGUUGUCGCCGAUGCCAUGCGGAGCUCUCCUUUGCAGUCACACAGCAUGUUUCUCAAGCCCAAUGAGGGCAUAAUGCCAGAUCCGUACGAAUGGGAACAGAACGCCUCCAGCAGGCCAGGAGAGGAGAUGCACCUGGUGAGGAGAAGAGGGAGUGACCCCAGGAGGCCCGGACAAGAGGCAAACCGGCAAGACUUUGCUUCUUUCCGGCAGCAGCCACGGACCUCUGGCCGGGCAGCUGGCCAUCGGGACACUGGCUCUCCACGCUCUGGGACCAGCCUCAACAUAGAGCAACUCAACGAGCAGAACCGGCAGAGGAUGAGGGACCUGGAGGAUCUGUACCGCUGGGAGCUUGGUCUGAACACGCUGGCUGACGAAGGGGCGGACCCAGCCCUGCGUGUCUUGCAGUCCCCACUGGACAGGCGCUUCUCCAUGGAUACGGUCGCCACGGAGCCCUGGCUGAGACCGGGCACCUCGGACACGGUGAAACGUCGCGCCCAGAGCAGCUUGCCCAGCUGGGAAGGUCCGUCCACCUACCAUGGCUGAGGCCAUACUGCACUCAGUUUGAGUAACAGACAGACAUUUAGUGAGUAAAAUGUAUUUAUUUGUAUGUAUUGUGUG